CCUGCGGAGUAAGAGCUGUCAUCUCACAGAGAUCCAGAUCUGCCAUUCAUGUGGAUUUUCUUCUAACUUUUACCAGAGGACUUGGUCUGUUUUUGUGCCACCUCAAGGCGAUCUGUUUUGGAUCAGAAGUGAAUUUUGGUUUCAUGGAGUAUCUCAGCUGAGACCCUGCGUUGUGGUGUACACGUGGAGGUUGAUCAGAGGAGGCUUUCUGUCUUGCUCUGAGGUCAGAGAUUGUCAUUUCGAACCAGACUCUUUGUCAACAGCAUCGAAAAAGAGCCCUGACUCCACAAACAUUGUACUGACCCUACACUGAAGUUGCCUGGAGCUGCAGGACAAGAAACAUAAAGCAGAGGACAAUAAAGCAAAUAAAAUUAAAAAAGACACUCUUCAUGAAUUCCCCUAAAGCCUGAAGGGCAAAAACUGCAAGUUGACUGGUGGUUCUGAGAAGAUAUGUGGACAAUCAGUAUGGCUUGGCUGUGUCUUCCAGCCUGUACUGUCCUCCUUGUUGGCUGCUUUCAUACAGCUGUCACAGAAGAUGAUGUCACUCCGCGCCUCACCUUCUCCUACAAUGCAAAAGAGAGGACAACCAGAAGUUUCUCAGCCAGCGAGGUCUUCAACUAUACCUCUCUCCUGCUAAGUAGCGAAGACAACAUGCUCUACGUUGGGGCUCGGGAGAUUCUCUUUGCUCUCAACCUCUCUGAUAUCAGUGCAGUCAAGCUACAAAAAAAUCUCAUGUGGAAAACUCCAGAGAAGAAAAGAGAAGAGUGCAGUUUCAAAGGCAAAGACCUGCAGACGGACUGCUUCAACUACAUCAAGAUUUUGCUGCGUAUGAACAGCACUCACCUGUAUGUAUGUGGAACGUAUGCCUUCAGCCCCAUCUGUGCUUACAUAAGCACUGCAGAUUUUUCUUUUGUGAGGAGCGAUACUGGUGAGAUUGUUUCAGAGGAUGGACGAAGCCGCUGCCCAUUCAACCCUGAGUACAAGUCCACUGCCAUCAUGGCUGACGGAGAGCUGUAUGCCGGCACAGUCAGUAAUUUCCAAGGAAAUGAACCCAUCAUUUACAAGAGUUUGAGCCAAGGAACUGCUCUAAAAACAGAAAACUCACUCAACUGGCUUCAAGAUCCAGCCUUUGUUGGCUCUGCCUACAUACAGGAGAGCCUGCCCAAGGGCAACCCAGUGGGCGACGAUGAUAAGAUUUACUUCUUCUUCAGUGAAGCCGGGAAGGAGUUUGACUUCUUUGACAACACCAUUGUGUCACGCAUUGCUCGUGUGUGUAAGGGUGACGUCGGAGGCGAGAGGGUAUUGCAAAAGAAGUGGACCACUUUCCUGAAGGCUCAGCUCCUGUGUUCUCUGCCUGAUGAUGGCUUCCCCUUCAACAUAAUCCAAGACAUGUUUGUGCUCACGCCUAGCCCGGAGGACUGGAAGAACACUGUGUUUUAUGGAGUUUUCACAUCUCAGUGGUACAAGGGUGCAUCAGGAAGCUCUGCAGUGUGUUCCUUCACCAUGGACCAGGUAGAAAAUGCGUUCAAUGGGCGAUACCGGGAGGUGAACAGAGAGACCCAGCAGUGGUACACAUACAACCAUCCAGUCCCAGACCCACGGCCCGGAGCGUGUAUCACAAAUGCUGCCAGAGAGCAGGGCAUCUCUUCUUCUCUGCACAUGCCAGACAAAGUGCUGAAUUUUGUCAAAGACCACUUCCUGAUGGACAACGUGAUCCGCAGCCAGCCUCUCCUGCUGAAACGUAAUGUGCGCUACACACAGAUUGCCGUCCAUCGAGUCCAGACAGCUACAAAAAUGUAUGAUGUGCUCUUCAUUGGCACAGAUGAUGGGAGACUCCAUAAAGCCAUUAAUGUCAAAAACAAAAUGCACAUCAUUGAAGAGAUGGUGCUCUUUCGAGAUUCUCAACCAGUACAGCAUAUUGAGCUGGACACUGAAAAGGGUCAGCUUUAUAUUUCAUCUCUUUCUACACUGGUGGAGGUCCCAGUAGCUAACUGCACUAAUUAUCAGAGCUGUGGGGAGUGCAUCCUCUCCAGGGAUCCAUACUGUGCCUGGAAUGGGAGGCAGUGUGUUGAUGUCAGACGUUCUCCUGCAAGCAAUGCUGGACAACAAGAUGUAGAUGACGCAGACACAUCAGCUAUUUGCAACAAGACUGGGCCGAGUCCACGGCCUGCUAAACCUCCACCUGCACGUGCAUCAUCAUGCCAGGUGAUCAUUAUUCCAGCCAACACAUUCAAAGUACUGCCUUGCAAGCUGCGCUCUAAUUUGGCUGAAAGGAAAUGGGAGUUCAGUGAGAGUGCAGGUCACUUCCAUUACCCGAGCCCAGAGGGAGGACUGGUGGUGGUAGCUCAAGCUGACAAGCAGGAAACCUAUGAGUGCUGGUCAGUGGAGGAGGGCUUCAGACAGCUGCUGGCGAACUACUGCGUGAGGGGCGAGGCCAAGCAGGAAAGCACCACCCUGACAGGCCGGUCUCGCACACCACAGAUCAACCUGCCGGAGGAGACUCGCUUGCCACAGAUCAACACCAAGACCUACUGGAAUGAGCUGAUCGUGGUGUGUGCCCUGCUGGGAUUUUCUCUGGUGGUCUUCUCACUAUUUGUGGUUUACAGGAACCGCGACCACAUGAAAUCCAUGCUCAAGGAGGGAGAGUGCCCAAACAUGCAACAGAAGAAGCCAAGAAUAGUGGGGAAACCAGCUGAAAACUUGCCACUCAAUGGCAGCACAGUCACAACAUCAGUGCCAGAUCACAAAGGGUACCAGACCCUUAACGACAACUACAUCUGCAGCACUCCACCCCAUGAGUGCUCGUCGCCCGACAACAGCAAGAGCUUCUCAGAGUCAGAGAAGAGGCCUCUAAACUUAAGGGAAAGCCACGUAGAGAUUUCUCCCACAUGCCCGCGACCACGAGUAAGACUAGGGUCCGAGAUUAAAGACUCGAUAGUGUGAGGCUGGCUUCAUGUUGCAUGGAGUGAACUGAAAAGACAAGAGUGCACUUGUUGAGAGAGACAAACAUAAUAGGACAGGAAAGCUGCACUCUCACUGAGAAACAUUUCAUUACACAGAUUUUGCACUUUUUCCUCUUUUGUUCUGUCCCUGUGGUUCAAUGUGCAUUUCAUUUAGUUUUUUCUCACACACUCUUCAUCCAAGUGCAUUUGACGCACACUGCAGAAGCUCCGGUUUGCCUUCAGACUUCUGUCGCUUUCACAUACAGCUCACAGGAAUGUAACAAGCAUAGCGGUGACGUCACAACCACGAUUUAGCAACUGAAUUGCAGAGCAUUGCCUCUCUGUCCGUCCAUAUACUGGGAAUGCUUUGAAAGGCAGAUUAUUACUCAAACAUGUUGCCACUAACACUGACAUAGUAUCUGAUGUUUUAUUUCCAUUCUAUUAUCUGGUGAGAGUCCACUCUUCGCUGAGGCUAUGCACUUUGUACUGUACUGUAGCAAAGUAAACACAGCAGAAUAUACACGGACAAGCCAGACAAUUUGCUAGAUAGCCUGUGUGCAUUUACAUGAGUUUACUCAUUACUUUAGACAGAAAAACAACACAGCAAGAACAAAGUAAUGAUACAGAGAUGAGAUUCAAGAGUUUCAUCAAACUUGUUGUGAUAUAAAGCAGAUAGUCAUCACAGUAGGAAACUUACAGAAACUCCCGUCAUUUCUGCUGCAACACCACAAGAGCAAAAAAAUUAUGAUGUAAAUGAGGACACAACUAUCAUUUUUAAGUAUUUGAACUGUGACUGGGUGUAAAUAUUUCUCUAAGGAAGCCUAUCUUUGAUUUUUUUUUUUUUUUUUUUUUUUUUUGUUUUGUUUUGUUUUUU